AUGCAUUAAAAGUAUAUAUAAAAAAAAUAAAAAAAAUAUAAAAAAUAAUAGUCAGUUUUAAAAGAUUCUAUAGAAAAUCAAUUAUAAUUAGAGCAUUUAAUAAAUGAAAGAAAUGGAUUAAGAGAAUUAUAAAAUAACUGUAUAAAUAAACUUAUAGAUACAAUUAAAGAUGAUACUCAUUUACAUUUUUUAUUAGAGAUUGUUUAUGGAAUUCCUUUACACAAAUUAUUAUAAAUGCAUUAGAGAUUUACUAUAAAUUUUACAAAAUUAAUAAUUUGUUAAGUUAUUUUGACUAUUUAAUACAUGCAUUUAAAUGGUUUCAUUUAUAGGGAUUUAAAAGCAUCAAAUAUAAUCGUUUAAAAUACAGGAAAAAUAACAAUUAUUGAUUUAGGAUAUAUAAAAAAAAUAGGUAUUAAUCGCACAAACUCUUUUUGUGGGACUAUUCAUAUGAUAGCUCCUGAAUUAUUUGAUAUUAAUUUGGAAUAAAAAGGUUAUUCAUAUGAAACAGAUAUUUAUUCUAUUGGAAUUUUAUUAUAUGAAAUGAUUGUUGGGUAUAUUAUUUUAGUAUAAGUUAUAAAAUUUAUUAUAUAUUUAGUAAAGCUCCAUUUGGUUAUUUUGAUGACAUAUAAGUAAAAUAAAAUAUUUUAGUAGGAAUUAAUGAUGAAUAAUUAAAACUUUUAGAAGAUAUUUCUUUAUAAAAUUUAAUUAUUAAAAUGCUUAAUAUUAAUCCUGAAAAAAGAAUAAAACUUCAAGAUAUUUUAAAUGAUGAUUUUUUUAAAGAUAUAGAUUUAAAAUUGAUUUAAGAAAUCAUAGAAACUGGUAAUUUAAAUGAUAAAGAAAAAAUAUAAAAAUUUGACAUUGAGUAUUAUUCAGAGGAUAUUAUUGAUUUUGGAUUGU